UGGCUACUUUUAUUUCUUAUAUUUUUCAAAUGCUAUAUAUGUAAGUACCAAAACUUUACAAUUUAAAAACUAUUUUGAAAAGGAAAAGAUCAUUAUAACAGUUAUAGAUCUGUUUUCGAUAGCCUUAGCAACUUAUUAACAAUCCUUUUAUGUUACUGUUAGACAUCUCCCCCAUGGAAUGUCCAGAGCCCCUUUCCAGUGUAUCAUUGAGAGAACUGGCCUUACAAAAUUGUCCAAUCUGGAAUUCAGCAGGACCAUACACUACCUCCGUUAAGUCAUCUCUCUGAAAGACAAUGUUGGCAGUGUCUGGCCACAAUUCAAAGGUUACUACCUUCUAUAAAAAAGAGGACUAAAACAUUAAAUGUGAAUACAAAUGUAUAAUGUUUUGAGGUGAUCUGGUAAGAUGUUGGUCUUCCUUCAUUUAGUAAUAACCUUGCUGAAUCAGCAGGUACAUAACGUCUUUUCACGGUGAUAAUUAGAAUGUGCACUAGACUGUAAUAGUAACAUAAAAUGGGAAACAGAGAGCAGAAAACGAGUUACAGUAAGGAAUUUAAAGGAGUUAAGAAUGCUUUUUAAUAGUUCAUUUUAAUUAUGGUCUUAGAGAUGUAACAAACUUCUGAAAAUCAGACCCAGCUAAUAGAGUAACACAACCAUCAACAAAACACAACCACGGAGACUUGCUCAAUUUUAGCUGAAAGGGGAGAGCACUGUCUCAGCCAAAUUGGACUGAUAUGAUUGAGUAUAUUAAUUUACCCAAAAAAGAAAGAAUAUGACAUAUACCUUCUUAUCAUGAAGAGGGAUACAUGUGAUUUAUUCUAAUCCGAUACCAUUAAAUCUUCAGACUAUAUAGAAUGAAUUAUGGAACUAAUCCUCUUUAAACAUUUUUACCUGCCAUUUUUAUGUUAGCAUACCUACGUUAAGAUACUGGCUAGCAUUUAGCUUUUUUUUUUUUUUAAUAAGUAAAUAAAUUGGUGAUAUCAUUAAUACUUCCAUUAAUAUGAUUGUUUAAAAAAUAAAUAAUAAAUGAAUCCAUUCUUGAUUUCCUGCUAGAUUGAGGGCCAGAACUUAAUACUAAUCCUCUAAGGCAAUCCAAUCUAUUUUUUGGAGCUGUUUUGGUUCUCUUGAAGACAGACAGCCUGUCUUCCCAAAUGAUGACAUGAGCCAAAGGAAUGGCUGUUUAAUCAUAAUUUUUAACUUAAUCAGUAGAUUGAAUGAUUUUGUAUAUAGAGCACUGAAUUGUGAGCCUUGUGUCUUGAUAAAUGGUGACAACCAACACCAAGUCACACAAAACAAAAGUAAGAAUUCAUUCCUCCUCCUUCUCAACCUGCCCAUCAUCUCAACUGGUCUCCAGAUCCUGGAAAUUUUAAAUUCUGACAUUUCUUGUACCUGCCAUUUUCUCUUCAUCAUUGCUACUUUUAGUUCAGCCCUUGUCAUUCUCCCCUAAACUACUGACAUAGCUUCGUGACAGGCAAUUUACCUUGUUUCCAAACCAUCUUCCAUAGCAUUGCUUAAGCAAUUUUUCAAAACCCAACCAGGUUACUCCCUUUUGGAACUCACCAAAAGCCUCUCUUUCUUCUGUUAGUCUUCUUGGUGAAGCAUAAAAGGCCACCCAUAAUUAGCACUUAUAUUUUCCUCUUCAUCCACUGAGUGUCAGUAAUGUUAGUCCAUCUGAAGUCCGCAGAACAAACCUCAGAGUCUUGCCUCCUUGUGGUUUCUCAGCUUCUCCCGAUUUUGGCUGCCUUGUCCCUCCACUCCUGGCCACACCUCAUCAGGCUGUUAGUGAGGAGUUUGAUGGGCAAGUUAUGGUGAGGUGAUCAAGUAAACCUAAUUAUUAUUAUUAUUAUUAUUAUUAUUAUUAUUUUAUUAUUUUGGUGAGGUCCUCCAAUAAAAAACCGCAAGAGUAUUUUUAAAUUUCUCCAAAAAAUACUGCAUCAUAUCUGUUUUUAUUACUCGGUGUCUGAGAACUCUGUUUACAGGUCUUUUAGCCAAGAAACUCAUGACAUAUGUAUGUAUUCUUUUCAGAAAUGUCAAUUUUAGGUUGGCUAGAUCUGAAAAGACUCCUCCAGACAGUAGCAUGCUACGAAAGUUUUAAGUAGACAGAUAUAGUGGUAAUGCAAAGGUGAUUGGAGGAAGUCGAAUGUCAUUGAACAAAAGAUUUAAACAACUUUAUGUUCCAAAAAGAAAUGCCCUUUAAUAUGAAGUGUUUUUUACUGAUUUAUCAGAGUUUUAUUUAAUAUUUUUUCUUUUUUUCUCUUUUUUUAUGUAGCUUAAUUUGUAUUCUAGUUUAUCCAAUUCAUGCAACUAGUGUCUGUUCCUCAUUUUUGUUUUUGUAGAGUCUUUGACACAAAAGUCUUUUAGUAAAUAUUACAUGUCUUUUGCCAAGGUGUGAGGUCUAGUGCAUUUAACUGUCAUGAGAAUGAUACGUUAGCUAAAACAAAGUUUAUCAAAAGCAAUUACAUCAAUUUAGGGAAUUUUGAAUGGGAAUUUCAGAGCCUUUGGAUGCUUCAGUAGCAGCUGUGGAUGUGCUUACAAAGCCCAAUAAGUAGAGCUUAGGACUACUCAUGAAAAUUCCCACCAGAGCAGCUGUACUUUCUUCUGUUUCAUUUAUAUAUUACAACAUUUUACUUGAAAUGUAGAAUACAUUUUAAAAUCAGGUACACAUUAUAAUUAGAAACUAUCAAAAUUGAUAAUUCUAUCUCUAAAAUGUUCUGAUUCAAUAGCAGCUUUCAUUUAAAUGAAAGUAUUAUUUUCAUUGACAUUAAAUUGGGCUUUAUUAAUUUGAGGUGUCUAUAAUUUGCUUGGGGUAAAAUUGUGUUAUCUCUUUACUCAACUUAUUGAAAUUUAGUACUUCCUGUGCUAUCUUUGUCCCUAAUAGAAAUUACAGAUAUUGUUAUAUAACAUUUUAUUUGUGGAAGUUCUCUCAAAUUAGGGUCUAUGAUAAUCACUACACUGAAACGACAGUAUUUUUAGACUUACUUGGAUCUUGAUAUUUACUUCUGCAAUGAUAAAGCAUAUAUAUUACUUUAUCACAAAUUUAAAACAUUUUGACAAGUAUGUUUUAACAUACUUAAUUGCUUUAUAUUCUUUUAAAAAUGUUUUGCCCUUAAAAUAUUAUUCUGAGAAGGAGUCUAUACACAAAGAGGACUGAUGGCUCAAUGAACAGGCAUUCAAUGGUAAUACAGCCGAUAUUAUUUUGUUUUGGAUAAGCAGCCAUAUGACCACAGGUGCUUUCUAUACCUAUAAGUUAUGGACCUCAGCAGCUGUACUUGUUUGGCAAAGAUUAGCACUAGUCACUGAGUCUUACAUUCAGGAUCUGUGUAUCACUGCACUCUAGAAAAUCAUAAUUAUAUCACCUUCCUUGAACAGAAAGAUAUGUUACUCUCUUCCUUUGUUUCGUAAGUUUAUUUUCCUUGUGUUUUUUGUUCUUAAACUCAGUACUUAGAUGCUUUACUAAGUAUGUGGUUUUUGCUGCCCCAAGAUCCCUUCAGCUGCUGCUUCUAAUACCAUAAUUUUCCUUCAUGAUGCACCCCUUCUGCACCAUCAGAUUCUGUGCUUUGAAUAGGGCCAACUCCACUGACAACCUAUAUGUAUGAUACUGGACAUGGGGUAAGUUCCUUUUGUAAAACUGAUUGGCACUUGACACAUCUAAAACUGAUGUAACUUAAUUCUGCAACUUUAAUAGGAAAAGAAUCACACUUUCUACUCUGCUUUCUAAGAGAGAAGGAUGUUUGCCAAGGACUUCACAGCCAUCUUCCCACCAGAAGGAAAUAGCCUUUCUGGGAAUAGAACUGGUAGAGAAGAAUGCAGCUAAGAGACAGGAGGAAACAAACAACUUAGACCCAGAAAAAAACAGUUUAAAACACGCCCAAAUUUAAUUCUUCCCCUGGACUCUUCAACUAUGGUAGUAACCAAGUCUGUCCUAGCUUAAGUCCUUUUAAGUUGGCUUAUAUCAAAAAGAACAAUUAUCUUGGUAGAAGUCAUUAGGAAAGUUUAAUGACUCAAUCCCUUGAAAUGAAGAGAAGAUUGAUUAAUUUUAUGAUAUUAUAAUCAUUCUGUUAUGUAAUAAUUAAUUCAGUGAAUGUAAUAUAAUCAAUUUUUUUGUGUGAUGUAAGCCCCUCAUAUACAUACUUUAUAUUACAGCAAGCAUUAACACAAUCAACACAUUUUACAGAGGAGUGAAUAACUUCCAAAGUCAAGUCCCUCAUCUAGAUCUACAGAGAAAAGCAGUGUUAUAAUUUUUGUUUGUUGGACUCUAGAGUCUGUGUUUUUUCAUUACGCCUGCGGAAAACGAAAUAUAGUAUAACUUCUCUACUAGCAUAAAAUAAACAUGAACAAUAUGCAAUCAAAAACUCAGUUGUGUAACUGCACAAAUACUUCUCUCCCAUCCCUAUAUCUUCUUAAUUUCUUGCUGAAGCAGCAUUUUAUAUAUUUUUUGAGCGUUCAUUAUAGAAAGGCUUCCAGGUGAUUUAAAAAUAGAAGUCUCAUGGCACCCCGAGAAAGAUGAUAUGCUGUAGGUUUACAUGAAGAAGGUCAUAGCCAAACUAAGACAUAAGAUAAAUAAGUCCCUUCAUUGAAACUAGGAAAAAAAAUAGUUGUCAAGGGAUGAGCACAAAUGUAGAUGAUUACUUUCCAGUGGAACAUGGAAUUUCUGCAUCACUGGGAAGAAUUUUUUUUUUCUUUUUUUUUAACACUGUAGCUGUAUUUGAAGGGUAUUAGAUACUGUAGCUGAAGUGGCAUAAUUUUUAAGCAUACUGGGGUUUGUGGCACAUGUAAUACAACAUAGUUUGGGAAGCAGCUUCCCAGUAUGUAUGAGGUAUAUCAGGCUAAUUCUAGUAUAACUUGGAUUUCGCAUACAUUUUCCAGGGCUAUUGUGCCUUUUCUGCUUUUCUGUUUCCUCAAAUGACAUGAAAUUGCCUUAAUGAGGCUAAUUAAAAAAGUGGAAACUGAGUAUGCCCAAGUGUCUGAAAAUUUGGGGUCAUAUUUGGGAGGCUUUUAAGUAGUGUAGUAUUUUAGUUAAGGAAAGUAAACGUUUUUCAUGAAUGUGCAGAUUAUGUAUCAUUUCUCUUAGUAUUUGGCUCAUGGGCUUUCUCCGAGGCAUAAUAUCCUACUAUCCAAGACCAGCACCCUCAGGAGAAUAAUUGAAUUUGAAUAUAAUUAGAACAGUUCACAGCUUAGGAAACACUAGGGAGGAAAUGAUGACCCAGGAAGCUGACUUGAACUGGUAAUGCCUUUAGGAAGCAAACACCGAGGCUGAAGCCUUAUUCUGUACAGUUACUGUUAAGAAAGUUGUCAGAAGAAACACAUCUGCCUUUUUUUCCAGGUGAACAGCUGUGAGUUGUCCAGCAUGAUAGUGCUUAUUUUCUUGGCCCUCAGCAAGGAAAAUGUUACCAAGCUACACCCAUGGGCCUAAUCUCCAAGUGCAGUGACCCAGCAAGUAGUACAUAUGGUCCAAUCAGUUGUCUUGGAUUCUUCUUAUAAGAUGAGAUUUGGAAAGAGCUUUGGGGCUAAGCUUGGAAAAUGAAUACACUUCCCAAACCAAUAAUUGCAGAUAUUUAAGAGAGCAAUGCCUACAUGAUGCAAAUGGAUGUAAACAUGCUUGGAGAAUAAUGGAAGAUGCCUGCAAUGAUUCAGAUCCAGGUGACCCCUGCAAGAUGAAGAAUUCAUCAUACUGUAACCUGAGUAUCCAGUACUUAGUGGAAAGCAAUUUCCGAUUUAAAGAGUGUCUUUGCACUAAUGACUUCUAUUGUACUGUGAACAAACUGCUUGGAAAAGAAUGUGUCAAUAAAUCAGAUAACAUGAGAGAGGAUAAAUUCAAAUGGAAUCUAACUACACAUUCCCAUCAUGGAUUCAAAGGGAUGUGGUCCUGUUUGGAAGUGGCAGAGGCAUGUGUAGGGGAUGUGGUCUGUAAUGCACAGUUGGCCUCUUACCUUAAAGCUUGCUCAGCAAAUGGAAAUCCGUGUGAUGUGAAACACUGCCAAGCAGCCAUACGGUUCUUCUAUCAAAAUAUACCUUUUAACAUUGCCCAGAUGUUGGCUUUUUGUGACUGUUCUCAAUCUGAUAUACCUUGUCAGCAGUCCAAAGAAGCUCUUCACAGCAAGCCAUGUGCACUGAACAUGGUUCCACCCCCUACUUGCCUCAAUGUAAUUCGCAGCUGCCAAAAUGAUGAAUUAUGCAGGAGGCACUAUAGAACAUUUCAGUCAAAAUGCUGGCAGCGUGUGACUAGAAAGUGCCAUGAAGAUGAGAAUUGCAUUAGCGCCUUAAGCAAACAGGACCUCACAUGUUCAGGAAGUGAUGACUGCAAAGCUGCUUACAUAGAUAUCCUUGGGACAGUCCUUCAAGUGCAAUGUAACUGUAGGACCAUUACACAAAGUGAGGAAUCUUUGUGCAAGAUUUUCCAGCACAUGCUUCAUAGAAAAUCAUGUUUCAAUUAUCCAACCCUGUCUAAUGUCAAAAGCAUGGCAUUGUAUACAAGAAAACAUACAAAUAAAAUCACUUUAACUGGAUUUCAGUCCCCCUUCAAUGGAGAAGUAAUCUAUGCUGCCAUGUGCAUGACAGUCACCUGUGGAAUCCUUCUCUUGGUUAUGGUCAAGCUUAGAACUUCCAGAAUAUCAAGUAAAGCAAGAGAUCCUUCACUGAGCCAAGUACCUGGAGAACUCUGAUUCAUUAGGAGUCAUGGACCCAUAACAAUCACUCCCCUUCCCUUCCCUUCCCUUCUCUUCCCUUCCCUUCCCUUCCCUUCCCUUCCCUUCCCUUCCCUUCCCUUCC